CAUUAUCUAGUCGGGAGUUUAGAUCAAAACUAGCCACUAACUACAGUAUGGAAUUAACUUUCAAAACACUAGUAUCACUUACGUUUGUUUAAUGGUAAUUUAAAAUUAGAUAUAACGAUAUUUUGGCUUCAGAGUCCCAACUUGUUCGCUCAUCGCACACAUUAUUCGCCCGUCUCUGUAAUCUCCCAGCAGUCAGUGAACGCAGCACUUUCUGCCGUUUAUUUAGGUUUUCUUCAAGCAGCGUCUGACACCGGACUGUCGACAUGCCGGCCGAUGCUGUGCAGGUUUCAGGGGAACCUCAUAUUGGGCCCCAUUUAUCUGCCUCCCACCCAGCUUCUGUGCAUUGACACGGCUGCAUUCAAGUUUGUGUUGUUGUUGUUGUGUUUACCUGUCAUUGUAGGGAGUGGCACCACUUUCUGGUGGUCAACAUGAAGGGGAACGACGUGUCCUCCGGCUGCGUGCUCUCGGACUACGUGGGCUCGGGUCCUCCGAAGGGCACAGGUCUGCACCGGUCCGUGUGGCUGGUGUACGAGCAGCCGGGCCUCCUGUCCUGCAGCGAGCCCGUCCUCACCAACCGGUCCGGAGACGGCCGUGGACAGUUCAAGAUCCAGAGUUUCAGGCAGAAGUACGGCCUGGGGCCCCCGAGGGCCGGGACCUGCUACCAGGCCGAAUGGGACGUCUACGUGCCCAAACUCUACGAGCAGCUCACCGGGAAGUAAACCAGAGGACCCACCGACUCCCGGCAACUUAUUUCUGUGGCGCUGAAUAUUAUUUUUCCCACCGUUGCCUUUCAUCGCGGUGCAAACGGCUCCUCUCGAUGACGUCACCCACUCGUCUGCAAUAAAUGAGUCAAAACUC